AUUAAAGAGUCCCUCGCCGCCCAGAUGUUUUGGUCUCCUCAUCGGCUUCUGGCUUGCUCAACUGUAUAAACAGCCAAGUUCACUCGCUUUGACUUGCGCAACCACAGUCGCUUCAGAUCACGGUCGUUUCUUGUCCUUCGCUAGGAAUAUAUUUUUAAUACCUAAUAUAAUACUCGGACGAGUACACAUCAAGUUACCUAAAUGCAAGGUCUAUUACUGAGCCUGGGGGCUCUCGCCCUCGCCGGCUCUGCCAGCGCUGACUCUAAGCGCGACUACCCCGUUGCACCUGAGCCAUACCCAACAUACCCGGGUUACCCAACGUAUCCCGAGAGCUCAACUUCGACUGAAGUUGGCACUCCGUCUUCGUCACCUUACCCCGUGAGCUCCUCUACGUCCGUCCCAGUUCCAGGAUACCCCACAUACCCCGAGUCGAGCUCUACGUCGAGUUUCGAGGUGACAAGCUCCGCUUUGCCCUCGACCUCGUCAGCCAUCA